UCCAAAUUAUUAUUUCUUUUGAAUAAAUUAUUUAUUUUUAUAUGAUUCGGUUGGCUUGAAAAUUUUGGUGAUAUGAUAUUUAAAAGAAAUAAUCAAUUUAAUUAUGUUGAUUCAAUGAAAGUCACGAUAAUCUUCAUAUUAUUCUUAGUAAUAGCUAAUUCAAUCGAAGCUCAACAUAUGGUAGGAAUUUCUCAGUUAAAAGGACAGAGUAGUUGGUAUAUAUGUAGUGCGAAAAAUACAGAUUUUAUAGCAUAUAAUUUAACGGUAUUACCUAAUAAUAUAGAUUCAACACCAAAUUUUGGAAAUUUUGCACCAGGAUGGCCAUUACAAAUUAAUGGUCCUCCUGGUGUGAUAGUAAUAACAACGAAUAGUACGGAAAUGAUGGACUAUUUAAAUCCAGAUGGAAUUGUUGCAUGGUAUUAUGCUAAUUUUUCUUGUAUAGAUGAACCCGUAACUUCUUGUAUUAAAACGACCGAUAAUAGACUUUCAAAUAAUACUGUACAAUGUUUGGGCGUAACAAAUCCAAAUAGUAAAACUGUAACUUGUCAAAUAGAUGUUAAUUUUAAUGUACCAACUGGAACUGCUGAUAUAAUAAAUAAUUCAACCAAUUCAGAUAAUUCAAAUACGAUAAACUCUAAUAGUAUAGCCACGAUUAAUAUACCAAUAAUAUCUUUAACUUAUUUCAUAAUUAUUCUUUGGACAUUUAUUUUCAUAUACAUAGAAGGUAAUUUUUAAUGUAUGAACGUAUGCAUACAACGCGUACAUAUUUAUGUGUAUAUUAUUUAGCAAAAAAAGAAAUAGAAAAAGAAAAAAAAAAGGGAAUUAUUAAUGAAUUUUAAGAUAAUGUACAGAAAAGUUUUUUGGAAAUAAAUGAAAAAACUUUAUAAACCGUAUCGUCACCUUUACGGCAUUACCCAUGUAUAGUUUGCGGGUUCAUACAAAAU